AUGAAGGAAAAGAAACCUUUUGAACGACUUCCAACGAGCGUGCUUCCAAAGAACUACAAACUGACAUUAACACCCAAUCUCACUGAAUUUACUUUCGCUGGGGAAGAAGUUAUCGAUGUGGAGGUAAGAAAAUCGUGGUUAAAUUUGUUUAAAAAGUAAUAACGAUUCACGAAGCUGCUCUCCGAGUGGCAAUUGCGAUCGGUCAUUCAUAAAUGCGGGAGUUUCAGUGUUGCAUUUAAUGUGAAUUUUUACGAGGAAAUUCAUGUUAGAAGCGCUCGCGAUCUCCUUGUUCCCAUACGGGUAAGCACACAGUUAAAACCCAUAAAAUUUUGGAUUUUUAUUCAAUUUUUGUGGAAUUUUUUAAGAAAAUAGGAAGACUGCCUUAAAAUGCAUUUUCGACAGGGUUUAAUAGAAAUAUGUUGGCCCUCCUCCGCUCCUGUCCCAAAAUGAAUGUGUAAUAGAUUUUUAGCGGUUCUAAGAUUAUAAGAACGUUAUGUUUUUUACAAAAUGUUUCUCGAAAGUCAUGUAUCCUUUGUUCACGUUUCUGGACGCCACAGCAAAAGCGACUGAACUGUUGAGAGGCCGGAAUCGAAUAGGAAGAUUGAGGGAGGGGAGAGAGGGUGGGUGAUUCGGGCGAUCAUAUGUUUAGCCCUUUACACCCUUAUAUCAGUAUGUAUAUUCUCCAUACUGUUCUCAAGACAUUUCCUAAGGUGGUACAAGGGGAAUUUGUUUAACAAUCAAGAGCUCCUUUUAAUUAGUUGGUGAUCAUUUCCUUUAUUCUCAGGGUUGAUAGGGGACAUUAAUAGUUUUGCGGAUGAGAUCAGGAAGAGUAAAUGAUUAUUUCUUUGAUGUACAACACCAGUAGGAAUAAAUUGUUGUUAGUUUUCAGAGCUAUGAUGCUGUUCUAAUAUUCGUUAUAGGUUCAACAGACUACAGACAAAGUGACUAUGAACUGUUUGGACAUCGUUGUUAAGUCUGCUAAUUUCUCAGCUGGUGGAUCAAGUAAGUUCAUGCCUCAAUUUUGUCCAUCCCAAAUUUUGAUGCCAUCUGUGAUCUAUUACUGAACCAAUGGACUGCAAUGCGGAAUCUGUUUCUUAAAGUGAUAACUUUUUCAAUAUUCUCAUGUACCGGUAGCUGUCAACUCUUCUGAAAUCACCUACAGUAAAGAGGAUGAAACAACUACAAUCAGCUUCCCCUCAUCUCUCCCCUUGGGGAAUGGUCAGCUAUUCCUGGACUUCACAGGAGAAUUAAAUGAUAAAAUGAAAGGAUUUUACCGAAGUAAAUAUACUGGAACAGAUGGAAGUGAGAAGUAUUGUGCAGUCACACAGUUUGAGGUUUGUGUGUUGUAAUCUUAUGUUUAUAACUGUAUUGCAUUAGCUCAACGUCCAGAAAAUAAUGAAGACAAGAUCAAGAUGGCAGUUUAAUAUUCAGAAACUUCAACUUGAAGUACAACCCAGAUACAUGUAUGGAAAACUGGUCACACAACAUUGUGUACAAGAAAACCUAAAUGGAAAGAUGUAAUACCCCAGUAUAGUACCAUUUUGAGCAAACGUUAAGUUCUUCAAAAAUUUAUUUCCAUUUACAACAAUCAAUCUUCAUACAAACCGAAUCAAGGUUGGAUUUAAUGUUUAAUUUAAUCAGGGAAUUCAAUGAAAGCCAGUUACUGACAGUCUGUCCUUGUCUACUGAUAAGACCUGUCACUGCCAUUUACUUAACCUGCAAUCUGGUUCUCGUGUUCAGAUUUUGCGUUGUUGUACAGCAGACUAUUACACCAUUGGCUGCUGGUUAUGGGAAAAAGUCUUUGAAACCUCUAUGUAAAUACUCUGAUUAGAGCUAGGGAUAAUGCUGGUUUAGAGAGAGUAGGGGCAUUUUAUUAUUUAUAGUUAUAAAAUGGCUGCUGGUUAGAGUAGGAAGUUUAGGUGCUGUAGAAAAAAAGAAGAAAUAAGCCAGCCAUCAUGCAUUUUUGCAGGCUAAUGGAACAUCUUAAGGAUUGCUUUUCCUAACAGAAUGAAAGAAUGAAACUAAUAAAAUAUAAUAAAUGUUUCUCCCAGAUUCAACUGUAGACCUCUGAGCCUUUAACCCUUUACACCCUGAGAUCAUUUUGCAUCUUCUCCAUACAUACUACAUUCUCCUCUAAUGAUAACUUCUCAUGGCACUUACAGGGAGAAUUUGUCUAACAAUCAAUGGGGUCUUAAGUUGGUGAUCAUUUCCUUUUUUCUUGUGAUGUUAAUGUUUCAUUCAGGGGUGAUACUGCAGAGAAAUUGGAUGCUAGUCACUCCUAAAGGCUUAAAGGGUGAACUGCUAACCCCACUGUGAAGUCCUGUGCGAAUGCAAAUUUGGCUCUCUAUUUUUGAGAAUUUUGACCUGUAUUGAGAUUUAGGGGCCAGGUUAUUUUUCAGUUUUCAGUCAUUACCAGUGCCAGAGAUCAGACUGUUACUCUUUAACUUUUGAUGUCCUGAGUUUGUAUGUAGGCACACAAUAUGUCAAUUGUGUGACACACUCAGUAUGUCAUGCAGGCAGUGAAGGGGUUAAUACUUACUGACAGAAGUUUUUAGUUGGUUACAUUGUAUGUGAACCUCUGAUACUGGUUGCCAAAUUGCAACCAGAGUUGCUAUCGAAGGUCUUGAAAUGUUUUGCAUUUUGCCAUGUGAUCAAACUAGUUGCACCUCAGAACACUGAACUUUUUGGACAAUUUAAAGAACCCUCUAGGAAACUAUGUUCUAGUACUAACUGGCUCUACUUGUCUUUUUCAGCCAACAGAUGCCCGACGAGCUUUUCCUUGUUGGGAUGAACCAGCUCACAAAGCCACUUUUGACAUCACUUUGGUAGUGCCAAAAGACAGGGUUGCUCUAUCCAACAUGGUAAUUGUUGUGACUCCAUACUGUUGUGAAAUUAUUCACCCUAGAUAAUUAAUAAUUAAAGUAUUUAUUAAUGAGUGACUUGUUGUCCUAGUUGUUGUUGUGCUGGAACUUGGAUCAAGAAGUUUGGGGUUGAGUAAAGAGCUGGAAUACAAGUGGCUGUGUUCAUAGGAGGGAGGUGCUCUUCUUUCCUAGUACUUCACUCCACGCACAUGCCAUGAAUUUGUGUUAGAGAUUUGCUAACCCUUAAAGUCACAUGAAAGACCAUCUUGAAGACAGAAUUUCUCCACUUCCCAUGAGGGGUGCAGAAAUUUGUAACUAUGACCCUUGUAUUGUUUGUUAAUUAUAUUGUAAUUAUUAUUCCACACCACAGAAUGUUGUGGAAGAAAAAGAUGCAGAGGAUGCCUCUCUUAAAGUGGUGACAUAUGCCAGAACACCAGUCAUGUCUACGUACCUUGUGGCUUUUGUUGUUGGCGAGUUUGAUUACGUGGAAGGAAAAGAUUCUGAUGGUGUUUUAAUCAGAGUUUAUACUCCAAAGGGAAAAACCAUUCAGGGACAGUUUGCUUUAGAGGUUAGUUGAUAGCUUUCCUCUGUGGGAGAUAUUGUGAGCAAAAUGUUAUUUUGAUUUACAGUUUCUUUACACAUUUAUUAUUCCACUAUGAGGCCAUAUUACAGAAUGAGGAUACUGGAAAGAGCAAUGGAAAGUGGAGCAACAAAAAAGCCUCAGUGAAAGAUCCAAAGUUUGAUUUGAUUUUUUUCCUUUUUUUAGGCGUAUAUUUUUGAGCAAGAAACUUUUAAGCACAUUUAAUGGUUUUGUAAUGUGUUGUUUUGGUCUUUUGCUUAUGCCUUCUGCAAUUGAUUCAAGGCCAUUCAAGGAGGUAUUUUGAAAACUAGAAGCCAUUGAAUACUAGACUUUGAAAUGAUAGUGAAAUAAUAACCCCCUUAUUCCAUGGUUAAACAUAUAUAUAACAUUUGGACAGUUGACUCAUCACUCAUUUUUUUCUUCUCAAUGUUCCCUCAGAACAUUUCUCUUUUUGUUAUCUUUCUUUAUUUGUUCACAUAUUUGGUUUCUUUUUUUGCUCACUUUUAUCCUAGCUUCCUAUUUUCACUUACAGAUUACAAAUAAUAAUUAUAGCUCUUUUGAUGAAAACAAUUAUUUGGUUGUAAAUUUUACAGGUUGCCCAAAAGACACUACCAUUUUAUAAAGAGUACUUUGAAAUCAGCUAUCCUUUGCCCAAAAUGGACCUGAUUGCCAUUCCUGAUUUUGCAGCAGGUUAGAGGCAUCAUUAUUAAUGGACAAUACACUCCUCAAGUCUCUCAUUUUUCUUGCCUGAGUAAGCUUUUGAACCAGAUGCUACUUUAACAGUAAGUUGACAAUAUCAACUGGAAACUUUAUCCUCAAUCCUCAAAACUUUCAAGAUUGGUGGAUUGAGGAUCGAGGAUUGAGAAUGGACAAUGGAGGAUGUAGGGGUGUUAUGGAAGAGUUAAGAUGUGGCGUGCAUAUCUCAAAACUGCAUUGCCUCUGAUAUUCAAGAAGUGAAUGAAAAUCAUCUUGAAAUGUCUGUGGCUUAUGUCCUUCCACUCCAAGUAGAACUUAAGUCUGUGAAAACUGUCAAAAAUCUUCUUCCUUAAAUUUGUAGUUUUCACCACAAUAGAUGUGUUCUGAUGUCGUUUUUGCUUAUACCAGUGUGUACCCAACCCUAACCUGCAUUGGCAUUUUUUUUCUUGUGAAAUGUUAAGUCUAUAUUUUAAUUUGAUUUUUUUUAGCUGACAUAAAUGAUUUUCAGCUUCCUUCUUUUAAAUAUUGCUGUGAUUGAUCUCUUUUAUUGUAGGAGCUAUGGAAAACUGGGGUCUGGUGACUUACAGGUUAGUUCUCAUAAAUGGUGGGAGAUGCAGUUCAGUUGUCUAAUCUUCAGCAUAUUAGACUCUGAGUUGAAAGUUCUGAGUUUGAGUUUCUGGCUAAGGCAUCUCUGCAAAAUACUUUGUCCUUGCAGUGCCAUUUUCUUCCAAGGAGUAUGAACCCUUUAACUCCCAAGAUCUGACUGCUAAUUCUCCUUCCUAGCUGCCACACAUUUCUUUUAAAAUGAGGAACAAAAAUUUAGAUUAAGAUUACAACUUCUAUCCGAUAAGUAUGAGUAUUCUUAUUUCCUGUUUGCAGGAUAAUGCAGUUAAUCAGAAGUUAGUCACUUUUGGGAAUUAAAGGGUUUAUUGGUACCAGAAGGCUGGCAAAAAAAAAAAAACACUGAUGAAAGAAAAUUUGAAGUUCUUGUCAGCUAACAUGUGAACAAUAUGCGAGGUUUAACAGGGUAAUCUAGCAUUAUCAGCUGAGCUGAUAUUGUAAAGAGUUUCAAAGCUGCUGUUUCAAGCAUUAGCCCUUUGUCAAAGCAAAUGAGAAAGGGCUAAUGCUCUGAUGAAGGGCUAAUGCUGAAAACUUCAGCUUUGAAACUCUUUUCAGUGGCCAAUUUAAGUUAUUAACUCAGUUGAUGAUACUAAAUUAUCCUGUUAUACUCUCUCACCAAUGCAACACCACAGUUUCUUUAGAAACUUGCCCCCUUUGUUUUUUUAUCAAUAUGCUGGGCGGUUUAUCCUCAACCUACCAGUUACAACAAGUGAUUUAAAGCAUUUGUAGACAAUUAGAUUGAACCACAACCAAUUGAAAGGCUCAGAGCAAGAACGACCCCUUGAUUUUUCGGCCAUUUUUGAAAGUCUUCAGAAGUAGUUGUCAACUACUUCUGAACACUUUCAAAAAUGGCCGAAAAAUCAAGGGGUCGUUCUUGCUCUGAGCCCUCCAAUUGAGCUUACUUGUUCUCAUCAUUUUUUUUUAAAAUCUUUUCCUAGGGAAACUGCUCUUCUCGUUGAUCCAGAAAACUCAUCAUCUGCUGCCAAACAGUGGGUUGGACUGGUUGUUGGUGAGUUAUUUUGAGAAAUUCUUAAUUAAUAAAUUGUAAAAAAAAAAGUAAUUUGAUUUUGGUUUCUUUAUUUCAAAGGUCAUGAAAUAGCUCAUCAGUGGUUUGGAAAUCUGGUAAGUGUUAAACAGUUCCCUGACAGUUUGGGAUCAAUAUCAGUAUCUGGGCAACUGCCCACCUACCCCUCCCCUAACCCAGCAUUAACCCUAACUUGUUAUCAAUUGACUGUUGUUGAGUUAGGGGAGGGGUAGGUGGGCAGUUGCCCAGAUACUGAUAUUGAUCCACAGUUUGUAUAGUAAUGCUGAUAGACAGUCUCUUUUUCAUUAUUAAUGUUUUCUGACCAUUUAUUCUAAAAGACAAAAGAACUUUCAGACUUGAGCUACUUUAUGUAUAUAAUAUAUUAUAUAUUUUUUACAGUUAAUGCUCUUAUAAGUUUGUGGGAGCAAUAGUAAUUUUUUAGGAUUUUCUGGGGGCUUUUGAAUGUCAAAAUUUUGAUCUUAUGUUAUCCAUCUUUCUUGAGUACUGAGUACAGAGUAUUUGGAAAACCUACAGUUACUGUAGUAGCCAGCUGAAGAGGCAAUCUUAUUGGAGGGGAGGGAGCAGGGGGUGGGGACAGAAGAGUGGGUGCAGAAGGGCGUGUGCAGAAGGAGGGGGCAGGGGGAGGGCUGGGUAGGGGGUAAUAAGUGAGAGGGAGAAAUCUUAUUUAGGCUUUUUGCAUUAGCUGCAUGUUGGUGAAAAUGAUGUUUGUGUUUAUAAUCUGUUUUUCUUUUUCUUUUUUUUUCAGAUAACUAUGGUAUGCUCAUUUUUAUUGAUGAAAUGCUGUGACUAUUUUUCUUUCAAGGAUAAAUGGUUGUUCUCUUCAAUCUCUUUGUAAAUUACAUUGUUUUACGUUUAACAGUUAAAGUAACUUUUAUUGGGAGACAGACUGGCCUGAUGGUCAGUGCACUGGACUGCAGGUCAAGAGGUCUGGGUACAAUACCUGGCUAAGUCAAUGUGUUGUGUUCUCUAGCAAAACACUUUACUCUCAUAGUGCCUCUUCCCCCAGGAGUUUAUAUGAGUAUUUGUGAAUUGUCAGGGAAGCCUGAUGAAAUAGUGGAGGAGGGGGAAACCUUGUGAUGGACUGGCAUCCCAUCCAGGGGGAAGUAGUAAUACUCUUAGUCACUUCAUCUUAAGGAAGUCAGGAAACCAGGCCACUUGGCUUGUGUUCAGACUUUUUACCUAAUUUUAUUGAUGCCUUUUAACUUCAGAUUUUUCACUCUCUCUCUUUCUUUUUGCUUGUAGGAAUGGUGGACACAUUUAUGGCUCAAUGAGGGAUUUGCAUCAUGGAUUGAAUACUUGUGUGUGGAUCACUGUUUUCCUGAAUGGGACAUCUGGACACAGUUUGUUACAUCUGAAUUCUCACGAGCUAUGGAACUGGAUGCUCUUGCCAACAGGUAGAGUUUCCUCUUAAAAUGAUUGUUUGUAAAAUUUGAUUGUUUCAUCUUUAGGCUCACACAGUUGCUUUAAACCAAUGAGUUUCCAAGCAUUUCCUUUUCCUUUACUGGUUUUUCUCUAACCCUUUCAUUCCCAAGAUCUCAAUAGUAAUUCAUCUUACUAUCUUUGAUACAAUUCUUAUGAUGUUAGUUCAGAGAAUUUGGUUUUGGAUCAACUCAUAAUCUCCUGAUUGAUUUUUUAAAUUCUCAUUAUUUGUCAGCUUGAUAUUGUAUUGAUAUUGUAAGGAAAAAUUCUGUCUUGGUCACUGGUGGGAUGAGGUUAAUAUACUGUACAUAGAGUAACAAGUUCCUUUUCUUUCUCUCUCAUAUCUGCACUUUUCAAGUCACCCAAUUGAGGUUAGUACAAGUUACUGUGCAUAGAUAUUUACCUAGGGAAAGUGUGCAUGAACGAUUUUUAUUUACAAGUUAAAAUGCAUUUAAAAAAAAACCUAACAAGUGAGCACAGCAAAAGAGGAGUUUUUUGAUGCAUCGCAGCUAAAGAAUAAAAAUUGUUCAAACACUUUCCAUGGUAUGAUGCAUUUAUUUUGUUCAUAGCGAGAUUUAUACUGUGAAGUAGGAAGUGAACGACUCCAAAAAUACAUAGUUUGUCCAAUCAGAGCCAUGAAUGAUAGUACCUCAUAGUGUAAAUCUCAGUAUGUAUGAAAUAACUGUAUUUAUUGCAUAAAUGCACAUGCAGCUGGUUGCUAGUCAUGCAUUUCUUAAGAUCUGAUUCAUCAUUUUUCACAUUACAAUGUAGAUGCUGUUAAUACAUUUACUUGAAAAUCAGUCUAGAGAUGUCAGUGUUGCAUCUUGAUUACACUUUUCAUGUGUAGCAAUUGUGUACCUGUUUUAGUUUGCCCAGUUUUUAAAUUCUUCUCCAUUAUGCAGGUCCCUGUGGGUCAUCCAGGUGAGAUCGAUGAGAUAUUUGAUGCCAUUUCAUACAGCAAAGGAGCUGCUGUCAUUAGGAUGCUGCAUGACUAUGUAGGAGAAAAGGUAUGUUCCAACAAUAGACUUACUCUGGCUCCUCAUGCCUCUUCCUAAUCUUAUUCAAGAGUUCUGCAGGUUAUGUCCAGUUGAUUUUUAGCCUUUAACCCUAAAGAGUGACCAGCAUCUAUCUUUAUCCUACACUAUCAACUCUAAAUCAUAAACACCAGCCUAAAAAGCUCUUGAUUGUUAAACAAAUUCUCCCUGUCAGUACCUUAAGAAAUGUAUAGAGAACAGUAUGGAGAAUAUGCAUACUGAUGUUAGGGUGUAAAGGGUUAACACUUAAGGGACUGGAUCAUGCUUUUACAUGCUGUACUGUCACAUGCUUUUAGUACGUGAUUUUCCAUUUGAUGCUUUAUCUUUUGUUUUAGGCUUUCAGAGAAGGACUUGCCUAUCAUCUGGACAAAUUUAAGUACAGCAAUGCCUCAACUGGUAACUAUGUUUUGCAUAUUUUUUUUGUUUACAAUUUUUUUCCAGUUCAGAUUUGCUAACUGAGAUCUCGAAUUUCAUCCCAGACAUUGGAAAAAUAAUGAUCUGGUGUAGAUUAUAUUCUGUCAUUUGGGAUUGUUAGUGAGAUUGUUUGAAUAAAUCUCUUUCAGAGGACCUCUGGGCCAGUCUGUCUCGCGCCAGUUCGAAGCCUGUAGCUGAUGUCAUGGAAACAUGGACCAAACAAAUGGGAUAUCCUGUGUUGUCUGUUACCGCUGAACAGGUGUGUGCGUGUUGUCUGUUACCGCUGAACAGGUGUGUGCGUGUGUGUAUGAAUAUUCUGCACUCGAUCUCUUUUCUGGAAGAGGAUUUCCACCAGUUAUUCGAGAGUGGUGAAAUGCUCCUCAUUUUAGAGAGUCAGUGACACCUGUUCGGUAAUGAAAACUUUGGUUAUAACUCAAGUGUACCUUGGAUAGCAAAGUAUCGGUAGUUUUUCAUGAAAACUUUGGGCGCAUGUCAACAUUACGGAAUGCGCUGUCUGAGUACUAAUGCGGGUUGUAAACUCUGGCCUUUUUCGUUAGCUUGUCUUCUUUACCUGUCUUAGCUCUACAACUCUCAGGAGUGGUCAGAAAUGAAUUUGUUCUUUAUGAUAUGAAUACGUUUUUAGGUAGAAAGGUUUGGAAAAAUAGAAAAAUAUCAACAAGGGGAUAUUGUGUGAUUAAACGCAAGAUUUCUGGAGCUGAAAUUUUAAGAAAUGUCGGUUAGGUAGAGCAGAAAUUGUUUUUAGAUCUUGGAAAGAUCUUGGGAAGGAAAUGUUAAAGGAAUGUUAUCAGCUUGCUGUGUUUUUCGUUUUUCAGAAAGGAGAUUCAAGAGAGGUUACUAUCACUCAGGACAAGUUCUUUGCCGAUGGAGUUAGUCAAGGUAUGGAGUUUGAAAUAGCAAUUUACGGUUUGUAACUGCUCGGACCGGAUUAUUUUGCAACAGAUUGUUUUGGGACUCGAGGCAAGCGUUCAUUAUACAGCUAUGCCGUUAUGUAAUCACCAAUGCCAAUCAGAAGUGAAGAAAAUUUAGGAUGAGCUUAGGAAACUCAAAGUAAAUGCAGAUCAACGAUCUAACGCGCGGGAAACGCGAGUGACCUACAUGUAGUCAAUCACAGUUUGUUAUGAAAUUAAUUUUAGUUUAACCUGCGGAUUGAAAAUCAAGUAAAGCAAUGGUCCUCGCAGAUGAGAUGCAAUUUAGCAAUCGUAGAAAAGAAGAAGUUGACAUUUGAAUGCGUAAAAAAGGGGUGUAACUUCUUUCAACCAGCCAAAGAAUGCAAUGAAGAGAAACCGAUGCAACUAUGAAUUGCAUUCAAUUCUUAACGUAAACUCAUUUAACGCUCAGUUGAAAACUGUUCCAAAGUUUCAUGCUUGAAUUUCUUGAUUUGAUUCUUUACCACUAACCUGCUGUGAAGUUGUCUAUAAGAGAUCAUUUUUUUCUUUAAAUUUGUUCACUGCAGGGUCUUACCACUGGCAAGUACCUGUAAGCAUAUCAUCCAGUGCAAACCCUCGUGAAAGUGUAGCAAGUACUCUGUUGGAUCAGAAGUCCUGUACUCUGACAGUCAGUGGUGUCAAGUCAGAUGAAUGGGUCAAGGUAUGCUCCAUAACAACAUCUUGAUGUCAACACAGGCUACCCAAGCUGUAUUAUAUUGCUAAUUGGAAAAUUUUUAAAAGCUCUUCUUUCCCAUGAAGGAAUCUGAUCACAAUUUUUAAUGAAAUAGUUUGACAAUAGUGUCCAACUAGUUUCUGGGAGACAACUCUGGGUUCAAAUCCCGUUGAAGUCUAAAAGUUUUAUUGGUCUUUUUGCGACUGAUUAAAUUACAGUCCAACUGGAGGAUCAUUUCCUGCAUCAAUCCCCGUUUCUUUGACUUAUACCCUCAAUUCCUGCCAUUUGCGAUGCCCAACCAGAUUGAGUUUCAGAUGAAAAAAUUGUUGGCGAGAUAGGCCACUUCAUCAGUUCUUAUAAAUUAAUCUGUUUUUAUUUCUUCUGCUGUUUAGUUAAAUCCAGGCCAAGUUGGUUUCUACCGAGUACAGUACUCGUCCGACAUGUUGGAACUUCUCCUACCGGCCAUAAAGGACAACAGUCUUCCACCAAGGGACAGAUUAGGAUUGGAGAAUGAUCUGUUUGCGUUGGUAUGUACAUGAGUACUGUGAGAUAGCUAUGGAAUGAGGAUGGUGAAAUUAGAAGUGUUGUGAUCCAGAAAUUGCACAAUGUUGACCUCCGCCUCUUAAAAUUGUAUGGAAUAAUUUACUGUAACUGCGUUUUGAGAUUCUAAGGGUUACCAAGCCUUUCCAAAAUAGCCUUAAGCAUGCUUAUGUCAGAUUAAGCGAUUUUCCCAUUUAGCUCUACUUUCACCAUACGUCCUUACAAUCUUGUGAAUUUUAUGAUAAACGAAUUCUCAGAGCAGCAAAGAUGCAAUGAGUGUUAUUGACGAAAGUCAGAGCAAUCGCAACAGCCAAUCGGAUGAAAGGAAAGUAUCACAAGCAGCCAAUGAGAACGCAAAGUAAAAACAAACAAACCGCCUAAAGCGCGGGAAAACGCGAGUGACCAGAUCGCGAUUGGUUUUAUUUUUGAAUGUGAUUGGUUGACAGGAUGGUUCGAGAUUUCUGUACCAAUCACAUGGCAGAGUAAACAAAACCAAGUCAAUGCGACGCUCAUUGAAAACUGCUCAAAUGUGACUCAAGAUUUUGAACUAAGCCCUUUUAUGUUUACUUUUGUUCUCUGCAGUGUCGUGCUGGCCUUGUGCCCGGACCUGAUGUGCUGAAAGUGGUCGAGGCAUUUAGCAACGAGACAAAUUACACUGUAUGGAAUGACCUGAUUUCCAACUUAAGUCAUGUCGGAGCAAUUCUCCAGUACUCAGACUGUUACCCUAGCUUCCAGGCGUUUUGUACCAAACUUUAUGAACCAAUCGGCACCAAACUUGGUUGGAAUCCAAUCGAAGGAGAGAGUAAGUCUGUUUUUCCCCUUUUUUGUUAUUUUCGUAAAUACUUUUCUUUUUCCAGGGUGACAAUGGAUCCGAUCAAACAACGCGCUUGCUGAUGCGUCGAUGAAAGUGUUGGUGACGUUUUGGUAGUGUGUCAGUGGUCCACGCUUUCUUUUGAUUCGUUUUUUUUUGUUUUAUUCUUAACCCUGAAACACAACCAUUAGCUUGAAAGAAUGAAACUAAGCAGUAUCAUUCAUUAAGCUUGUUAUUCAAUUUCAGGUCACCUUGAUGCCCUCCUCAGAGGUUUGAUUAUUGGACGUUUGGGUAAAUACGGUCACCCAGCCACUGUCGCCGAGGCGCGGAAGAGAUUUGAAGCACACUGCAAAGGUGAAUCCACCAUCCCAGCGGAUUUAAGAUCAGCGGUGUACAGCACAGUUCUUAAGCAUGGUGAUGGAAACACCCUAGAGUCUGUGAUGCAACUUUUGAAAGAAGCCGAUUUGCACGAAGAGAAAGUCCGAUUGAUGAGAUGCAUGGGAGCUGUAUCACAACCUGAUCUGAUCAAGAAAGUGUGCGACUUCUCCUUGUCGGUACGUUUUAUUAAACUGUGUAUAAACUUUUUUUUUCACCGUCAAGGCAGUGUGGAAACCAUGUAUGGUAUCUGACUACAUGCUUUAACCGUUUAAACCCUAAGAGUGACUAGCAUCUAAAUUCUCUCAACAAUAUCACCCCUGAAUCACACAUUAAGGUCAUGAGAAUAAGGGAAAUGAUCACCAACUAAAAGAAGCUUUUGAUCAGUAAACAAAAUCUCCUCUUCAGCACCUUAGGAAAUGUAUAAAGAACAGUAUGGAGAAUAUGCAGACUGAUGUUAGGGUGGAAAGGGUUAAGAGUUGUAUGUCUUUGAAAAUCGUUAUACGGCACAUUACCCAAUAACAUACCUUCUUUUUUUUCUUUUUUUUUUAGGAUCAAGUUCGGUCUCAAGACACAGUGUUUGUGAUUGCUGGCAUCUGUGGAAGGUAGCGGCUCUCUCUUAUUUUUUAUUAUUUACCAUCAUGGUUUGUGAAGACUGAGAAUGUUCGUUUAUUUUUUUCUUUCGCUGAUGUGUAGUGUGAAAGGGCGUGAAAUGGCCUGGAAAUUUGUGCAAGAGAACUGGGACGAGCUGUACAAUCGCUACGAAGGAGGUUUCCUGCUUUCUCGCCUGAUCAAGGUUGGAUAACGUCUCUUAUUUCCUAGAGCACGUUUAGAUAAAGUAUUUUAAAACCAAAACGUAAGGAAUCACAAAGACCAAUAAUAAUAAAGGAAAAACGUUUUAGGAGACGGAUAGAACAUAAUUUUAACUCAUACUAACUGCCCGAAGUUCGGAAAAACGCGAUUGACCAUGGUGCGAUUUUAGUAGUGGAUCUACGAAAGGUUAGCGCCAGUUUUCCUAACAAGUGUUCGUAGCAUAGUAGAACAAAACCAAGGCAGUUAUUAAACUGAAAUUUCUCAAAAGUAAGAAGAUUAUAUUUAACACGCUGGUUACGUUUGGUUUUGUAGUGGGAUGACUUCUGCCCGGGGAAAAGUCGGCUUUAUAACAAGUUCAUAUAUUUGCUUAUUCUUUUUUCGUUUUUAUUGCAGUGCACUACAGAUAUGUUUGUCACUGAAGAGGCCGCCAAAGAAGUCGAGGUGAGCUACUCAUUCACUCAGUUAUUUGAGCAAAUUUUCUAAACUCUAUUUUUUCUAUGAUUUGUCGUAUAGAUUCUUUUCCUUUUGCAUUCAUAUCCAGCUGACAUAACGCUGCAACGAAAUAGAAUUUUAAAAAAUGCGAAAAAAAGAAAGAGAAGAAGAAGAAAAAAAUAAAAAACGACGGCAUUGUUCAUAUCAUAUUUUUUGCUGGGUCAACAUACCCUGUUUAUGCGCUUGCUCACUGAUGUGGUGAAGAAGACGAAACGAGGCCAAACUCCUUACCAUGCUCCUUUCUGUCUCCCUCGCGGAAAGGAGGCUGAACGAAGCUUUUUCAAUGUUAUUGUUAUGUUUUGGCUGUAAUAUUAGAUCCAGUUAUUCGCAUGUCUAAGGAUAUAACCAAACUUAUUUUGCCAUCGAUUUUUUGGUCUUCAAAUAUAUCUUCUGUGGUGUAAAAUAUCUUAACUGUUUCCCAGUGUGAACGGAAAACUUAAGUUGGGGUUAAAAAAAAUGAAAACGCCGUUGUCAAAAUCCGCUGGCGUAGUGAGCGACCCAGGAUUAUCUUAUUAUUUUCUUUUUAGGAAUUCUUCGCCAACCGUUCAGUGCCAGCUGCAGAGAGGACCAUUCAACAGUCCUUGGAGAACAUACGACUCAACUGCGCAUGGCUUGGGCGCGAAUCAGAGAAGAUCAGCGCAUGGCUCAAGGAAAAAGGAUACUAGAUGCACGUGACCCGCGUCAAACAAACCGAUGUUCAUUCUUAGUACAGACUUUUAGUAGAAAGAGAAUCAGUUCAAAUUACGCGACGAAAAGUCCUCGCCCAGGAUGAUUACUUUGUGCUAAAAAGCCUGCAUACAGAUGUGUCCUCUCCUUUUUCUUUUGUCACACGCAGAGAGACAGCGGUCAUUUGUCAUCUGGGAGGGGUCGGAGGAAUUUUAGUCAUGUCACGAUAGAAUUAGGCUGAUUCCCACCCCGUUCCCCCUUUUGGGGGGGGGGGAGUUAUGUUAACCCCACCCCCUUAAAAAAAAAAGGAAAAAAAUCCUUCGAACCAUUAUGUAUCCCUAAGCGAUAGAACUAAAGAGAAGAGAGAAGCUCUGCACACUUGCUUGAGUGAAUUUUAGACGUUAAGCCUAUAAUUAAAUUCAAACUUUCCCGCGAGAUGUUUUUUCCCUAAUUUUAGUCUACUUGUUCUUCAAGAAUGCGGUGGAAACUCACCUGUGGUUAAAUAGUCUCCUUCGCAACUAUCCUCUAGGAUGCCUUGCAGAUAUUCCCCAAAAGAAGCAGAUAAGGCUUUGCGUGACAUUGUGAUUUCCAAAGGAAGAUAUGGAUCUUAGUUCUGUCAUGGACGACGCCUUGAUCAAAAAGAAAAAAAAAGAAUGACAGAAAUUCCACCCCUCUCUCCCAAACGCAAGCUGGCUGCAAGUUAGGUGAAGCCCCCAUCAAAUAAAAUUUUCUUCAUUCUAAAGAGAACAUUUUCUAGCAGCAGGCGCAGUAACAGCCACCCACUCUUAAUUAAC